CCUCCAGAGAGUUUUGUCUUGGCAUAUUCUGCUAAACCUUCUGCUCACUCGCUGGACAUUUAAGAUGUCAUCUAACGGAAGAAAUUGAAGGAACUGCAGCACGAUUUCAUCCGAAAUUUUCUCCAUUCCAUUUUGUGCCACCGCGGCGGCCAUCUUGAUGUGGAUGGACUGGAAGAAAGCUCUAAAGGCGCAUGUUGCUGGGAAGCCAACAAGAUCAGAAGAGGAGAAGCGUGCAGAGGAGACACAGCUGUUUACAGAGUUGUACUGUCAGUGGAAGGGUGUCCAACCCAACCGUCAGGUAGGGGCUAACUCCUCACAACAGCAUGAGAGUUUUAAGUCUAUCCCCAAGUUCUACUUCAAGUUGCCAGCAGAAGAUGAGGUCCUACAACAGAAGUUGAGGGAGGAAUCCAGAGCAGUAUUCCUCCAGAGAAGGAGCAGACAGCUGUUAGACAAUGAUGAGCUACAGAGCCUGUGGUUCCUUCUGGACAAGCACCACACACCUCCACUCAUGGGAGAUGAGAAGAUGAUCAACUAUGAGGACUUUCUCAAGGUAUCCCAGGAGGCAGGCCCUAAGUGUAAGACAUACUUCACAGCCACAGUGUUUGCCAAGCUGCUGCAGAAGGACCCUUACGGCAGGAUCUCCAUCAUGCAGUUCUUCAACUACGUCAUGAGGAAGGUAUGGCUGCACCAGACUAGGAUCGGCCUGAGUCUGUACGAUGUGGCUGGACAGGGCUAUCUGAAGGAAGCAGACCUGGAGAACUACAUCCUGGAGCUGAUCCCGACCCUGCCCCAGCUGGACGGACUGGAGAAAUCCUUCUACUCCUUCUACGUCUGCACGGCUGUCAGGAAGUUCUUCUUUUUCCUGGAUCCGCUCAGGACAGGCCGCAUCAAGAUCCAGGACAUCCUGGCCUGCAGUUUCCUGGAUGACCUGUUGGAGUUACGAGAUGAGGACUUGUCCAAGGAGAUGCAGGAAUCUAACUGGUUCUCAGCACCCUCUGCACUACGUGUGUACGGACAGUACCUUAAUCUGGACAAGGACCACAAUGGUAUGUUGAGUAAGGAGGAGCUCUCCCGUUACGGUACUGGCACCCUCACGCCUGUCUUCCUCAACCGAGUCUUCCAAGAAUGUCUCACUUACGAUGGUGAGAUGGACUACAAGACAUACCUGGACUUUGUCCUGGCCAUGGAGAAUCGGAAGGAACCCCAAGCUCUGCAGUACAUCUUCCGCCUCCUUGACAUUCAGAAUCGUAACUACCUCAACAUUUUUGCCCUGAACACUUUUUUCCGAGCCAUCCAAGAACAGAUGAAGAUCCACGGCCAGGAGCCGGUCUCAUUUGAGGAUGUGAAGGACGAGAUUUUCGACAUGGUGAAACCAGCGGAUCCGCUGAAGAUCACACUACAGGAUCUUAUCAACAGCAGUCAGGGAGAGACUGUCACAAACAUUCUUAUCGACCUGAACGGUUUCUGGACGUAUGAGAACAGGGAAGUCUUGGUGCAGGAAAACCCUGUGGAUGAUCUGGAGAACUUUGGAGAGGGAGAGGAAGUCUAGGCUACUGUAAAUUUUGAAACUUUUGUGAUGGUCUGAUUUUUGCAUUGACCACUCCAUCUUGAAUUCAUGAUACUGUGGAUAUGUCUUGCUUGUGUGACUACUGUACUAUAGAAUUGUUUCAAUCGUGAGUGUAAAACAAUUUCCCUUCUUGUUCUACUGCGAAAGACCAUAUACAUUUACAGCAUCUGUACAAACAUGCAGUAGUAAUUUGAAGUAUCAACAGUUCCUGUACAUAUUAGAGCUUAGGAUUACUGGCAUAAGGCGUCACUAUUGAACAUACAUGUACCCUGGGUUCCCAGACUUAUUAGAGGUGGUGUGUGGAGCAGACUUGCUAAGGACCCUCCACUACACACCUGCUCUAUCUUUAGUUUACAUCCGUCCCAUUGUCUGCUUGCCUCCAUGAGCAGAUAGUGGUGGCCAGCUGGAUAGUGGAGUCAAUGGGUGUAAAAUUCAUGCAAGCAUGUGGCAGGGGAUUGGUAAGUCCACACCCCCAAGGAGUCUGGUCAUCACCCAAGGGUUAAGAAAUGACAAAUGUACUCAAACAACCUGAUAAGAGUAGUAUUGCACAUAAUGGAUGAACAAUGUUCUUCAUAACUUUUUUUAAUAUUUCCCUUUUGGAUUAAAAGGUACCAUACAACAUGUGCAUGGACAUAAUUAUGUACCCACCUUUAUGAUAAAAUACAACAAUAGUAUUAACAUUGUGCACCACAUGCCACCUUGUCCCACCUUAUUGUUACCAGCAUUUGUACAAAUAAAAUAUUAUCUGCUUUUUUCCUGAGA